AUGAUAGAUGAUGAUGAUGAUGAUGAUGAUGAUGAUGAUGAUGAUGAUGAUGAUGAUGAUGAUGAUGAUGAUGAUGAUGAUGAUGAUGAUGAUGAUGAUGAUGAUGAUGAUGAUGAUGAUGAUGAUGAUGAUGAUGAUGAUGAUGAUGAUGAUGAUGAUGAUGAUGAUGAUGAUGAUGAUGAUGAUGAUGAUGAUGAUGAUGAUGAUGAUGAUGAUGAUGAUGAUGAUGAUGAUGAUGAUGAUGAUGAUGAUGAUGAUGAUGAUGAUGAUGAUGAUGAUGAUGAUGAUGAUGAUGAUGAUGAUGAUGAUGAUGAUGAUGAUGAUGAUGAUGAUGAUGAUGAUGAUGAUGAUGAUGAUGAUGAUGAUGAUGAUGAUGAUGAUGAUGAUGAUGAUGAUGAUGAUGAUGAUGAUGAUGAUGAUGAUGAUGAUGAUGAUGAUGAUGAUGAUGAUGAUGAUGAUGAUGAUGAUGAUGAUGAUGAUGAUGAUGAUGAUGAUGAUGAUGAUGAUGAUGAUGAUGAUGAUGAUGAUGAUGAUGAUGAUGAUGAUGAUGAUGAUGAUGAUGAUGAUGAUGAUGAUGAUGAUGAUGAUGAUGAUGAUGAUGAUGAUGAUGAUGAUGAUGAUGAUGAUGAUGAUGAUGAUGAUGAUGAUGAUGAUGAUGAUGAUGAUGAUGAUGAUGAUGAUGAUGAUGAUGAUGAUGAUGAUGAUGAUGAUGAUGAUGAUGAUGAUGAUGAUGAUGAUGAUGAUGAUGAUGAUGAUGAUGAUGAUGAUGAUGAUGAUGAUGAUGAUGAUGAUGAUGAUGAUGAUGAUGAUGAUGAUGAUGAUGAUGAUGAUGAUGAUGAUGAUGAUGAUGAUGAUGAUGAUGAUGAUGAUGAUGAUGAUGAUGAUGAUGAUGAUGAUGAUGAUGAUGAUGAUGAUGAUGAUGAUGAUGAUGAUGAUGAUGAUGAUGAUGAUGAUGAUGAUGAUGAUGAUGAUGAUGAUGAUGAUGAUGAUGAUGAUGAUGAUGAUGAUGAUGAUGAUGAUGAUGAUGAUGAUGAUGAUGAUGAUGAUGAUGAUUGA